AUGGGGAAGAUAACGAAGCAGAUGCAGCCCAAGCAUGCUGAGACUUUGUCUCCAUGGCUCAAGGACUUCGUCUCGUCGGCCUGCUCGACCCCCUUGCCUCUUCUUCCAGACCACCUCUCCAAGUUCCCGACGAGAUGGCCGUUCCCGAGAGGUGAUCUCUACCAUUGGAUCCCCCUCCUCAACAGGUUCGACGACGUCUUGGACUGCUUCUCCACCACCUACAGCCUCGAUCAGGGCCCCCAGAACCGUGAUUUCGGCUGCGACCUUCUCCUCAAUCGAGGCGCGAAGACUGAAUCAUAUGGUGACCAGACAUGGGAUGCCGAGAGCUUGUCCAAGCUGGGCUACAAGGAAGAUGGUGACAGGCAGCUUAUUGAAGCUGUCCUCAAAUUCACCCGUACGCUUUUGGAGCACUGCGGCAACAGAAGCAUCUAUUCCAGCAGCAUGGUGUUGAACAAGUUGCUCAACACUACGGUCCUGUCGGUCCUUCUUGCUACUUUGCAAGUCAGCGCCGAGUUGGCACAACGGUAUCAGGCUUCUGUCAAGCGGAUUGGCAGCGCUUCCCGAACGGUCAGCACGGCACUGCUGGGCAACCACUAUCAAAUUGACCUCGACCGCGUGCAAAACCUCGCCCAGCCCUUCUCUAAGACUCCCAUCAUUAGCCUUUCAGACUCGGUGGCCGCCGCCACACCCACUUCAAGCACCAAAGGCAAAGAGAAGGCCCUCGCGGCGAACCAGAAGAAUGCAGCGGUCAUGUUUGCCAACGACUUGGGCGCUGUCCUCACAUCAGACAACGGUCGUUGGAACGGCUGGGGUGAUAUCAAGAUCACUUACACGGCGUCCUCGACAGCGAAAGAACAGCCUGCCCCGGCAGCUCCAGAUCGUGUUGCGUCUAGCAUGCCCUCUACGCCCACUCCCCUGAGACGUAGCACCACGGCUGGGUCCCAGCACAACACCCCUCGCUCGGCUCGUCAGUUCGGGGCUGAAGACACGUCGCCCUUGAGUGUUCGGAGUCCCGGUAACUUCAACGAGCAACCCAACCCAAGUCAGAGGACCUUUGAACUGCCACAAUCGAUCGUGGCAUCUACCUCCAUUUACGAGCUUCUUUCGCGAUGCCCGGCGGAUAUGCCGCCGUCGACAAGGUACGAGGUACUCAACCGGUUGAGAGUUGCCAAAGCCCUCCUCGAUGGUGCGGACUCGCGGCAGCAAGCCCUUGCCGUCCGCUUGCUCGCCAUUACAAAUCUGGCGUUUAUCCACCCCGAGUCCACCUUCAUCGAAAAGGUCCUGCGCCACGACAACGACGAGACCCGGCGUUACCAGUUGGUUUAUCAGCUAGCCGAACUCAUUCAUCCCCCGGCCGAUGGAUCCAUUCAGGUGCCCCUGUGGCUUCAGUCCAUCGUUCUCGCUCUCCUUGAGGUUAUUUCCAACUACGCGGCGAGAUAUCAGGAUGUUCUGUCUGCUUUAAACGCGAACGUUAACCACGGUAUCCUCCUUUACGUCAUUCGUAAGGCAGUCGCGGGCAUGAAGACGGACGAACCCGACCGCGGCAUUCACACUAUCGAGGUCGAUCAGUGGCGCACCAACCUCUUCUCUUUAACCACCCAUUUGGCAAUGUCUACCAGAAUAGGUGCUGAAAUGGUUACCGCUGGACUUAUGGAUAUCCUAGUCGAGAUCCUGAAGAUCAGGUCCGACGUUGCUCAACGCAAUCAAUCCAUGAUCCUAGCCUUCAUUGACGGCCUGAUCUGGUCUUACCAGAACGCCUUCCAGACGUUCUUCAGUGGGUCUGGUCUUGAUGCCAUUUCCGAUCUGCUUGUUACGACUGUUGCCGAAUCGAAGCAGCUGGUCGAAUCUGGUCAGGGAAACAAGCCAGAACAUAUGUGUCAGGUCGUAGACUACGAGAUUCCCUACAGUCAACAGCAGACGCUGAAGUGGGUCCUCAAGUUCGUCCAUCACAUGAUGACCAACUCCUACAGUUACGGAGGCAACACCGAUAGACUCCUACGUAAUCUUGUGGAUAAGUCAGAGUUGCUGGUCAGCCUUCGAGAUAUCAUGCAGAACACGAAGCGUUUCGGUUCCGUCCUGUGGACUAACACGGUCACGGUGUUGAGCGACUUCAUCAACAACGACCCCACGAGCUUUGCCGCCAUCUCCGAGUCUGGUAUGAUCGUCACCUACCUGGAAGCCAUCACCGGCCGCCCUGUCGCGUCUCAACCUAUCAUUCCACCUCCUCAGGAAUCGGAGGAACAAACAAGAGACAACGCAGAGGCACAAACGGCAGACGAAAGGGAUCAUGAGAGUAGUCGUGACGACAACGACGAUGAGAGCAGCCCUGACGUGUCCGAUGCCUCUAUCCAGAUCGAGGCCGACACCCGCCCCCACCCACCCCCCGAGGAUGAGUUGGCGGCAUCCCACGACACUCGUCCGUUGGCUCAAGGUAUUCUGCCAACCUCUGACGCCAUCAACGUUGUCCCGCAGGUUCUCAAUUCCAUUUGCCUGAACAAUGCCGGCAUGAAAAUGGUGGCAUCCUCUCGCGCCCUCGAGUCUUUCUUGGAGAUCUUCGAAAGCCCAGCUCAUGUUAACACUAUGGAAACCGACCCCCAUCUUGCUAGCAACGUCGGAGCUAGCUUUGAUGAGCUUGCCCGUCACCACCCCAACCUGAGGCGUCCAAUCUCGAAUGCUGUUAUUGACAUGGUCGCUCGGGUGAGGUCUUUGGGUGUCUACAAGGCCAGGACUGCUGGCUGGGGCGCAAAGCUUCUUUUGGGAGAUGGUACACAGAAGCCCGCCGCCGCCGCCGACGAGGCAUUGAAGGAGCGCCUCGCUGCUACCUCUCCCAAGGGCAAAGCAACGGAGAGCAGUGGCGACGCAGAUGUUGAAAUGUCGGAUGCGGCUGAAACGUCAAAUCAAAAGGCAGCUACAAGCAGUGAGGAGCCAUCCUCAUCUGCAACGGCCUACGAUGACAUCACGCCUUAUGUCUAUGCCUUGUCCAGCUUCCUCUCUGCCUAUUUCAAUAACAACACUCUGAAGGCUUACUUCAUUAAUCAUGGAGGAAUCGAGUUGUUGUUGGACGUUGCAGAACUGCCCAGCCUUCCGCACGACUUCUGCGAUUCACACGCAUCCCGGACACUGCACCUGGUCAUUUCCCAGCUUGUCGAGCAGUCUCCGGUCCUCGGUCUGCCCUCACUACUUAGGCGCGCACAGGCUUCAGUAGAGACGCUCAAGCCAUUAGCCGAGUACAGAAAAGACUCUCCUUACUUCGGCCCGUUCUUGACCCCAGACGACAAGUUGACCGUGGACCAAGUCCGGGAUCUCGAUGCCGAGACGCAAGAACGGAUUUACAACGGCACCAAGAUGGUCAAGGCUCUUCUCACCGCGCAGUCGCUCAUUAAGACUUUGUACGAGUGCUUUACGUCCUCGCCGCGCUCCAACUCAGUUCAGCUUUAUCCCAUCAAUGUGUUUGACUACUAUCUAGACCUGGUCAAGUCACUGGGGCCUCUUCUAAAGGCUGUACUGGCGGAGGAAGGCGCAGAGCACAACGUUUUGCCGCAACACUGGUGGGCGAAGAGACCGGCUCCCGGCAGCGACGUUAUGGUCUCGUUCGGUGGACCUACUGGAACUCAGACGACCGGCGAGCCCGAGACGGAUACCAUCACAGCACCAGCUGAGUCAUUGGGUGCUGCUCCUGGUACUGUCCCGACGAUGGGUCCCAGUACUCAACACAAAGGCCCAAGCAAGCAGGAACAGGCGACACCUCGGUAUCGCAACUACGAGACCCUUCGCAUCCUCCUUCACUCCAUGGUGCCGUCUACAUUCCCCUUCUUCCAACAACUUGGCAAGGCCCUCUUCCCAAGGCGCGAGCGCGAUCCUUACUCCCGUCCAAAGCACAUCGAUCUUGCCAGGCAGCUGUCCGGCACGAUUCUGGGACAGCUAGCGCCUUCAGUUGGACUUGCUGAACCUACGGCCAAGGAGUACCAUUACUGGAUCAUCAUGCUCCACACAUUGACAGAGAUGCUAAUGGACUCCGCACGAUCAUCCGGCGACCGAUCAUCGGUUCAGGUUGUCAUGCCUGUACUUGUAGCUUUCUUGGAGCAGGGUGGCUUCUUUGUUCUGACGGCUAUGGUACGACGAUUUUCUGCAGAGAUCUGCAAGGACACUGGAGAUUCUGAUGCUGGAACCACUGCCAGUGCUAGGGUAGCAUCAUUCGGUCUCGGGAAGAUCUUUGAGUUUUUCGCGGCUCUCGUCAACGGCAAGAACAUCUCCGACUCGACAGCGCAAUUUGGACUCUUGCCCCGUUCGGCCGAGAGACGCCCAGAAGCCCCCAUUGCUCACCAGAUUGUUGUGGACGUGCGAAUGGCCGUUCUUCCGGUGAUCCGUGAGACUUGGGAGUCUGCUCUGAUUGAGAAGCUACGGCCUGAGACGGUGGCUAAGGUCAUCGAGAUUCUAAAGAUUAUCUCUGCAGGCGACCACGAACCGUCUCCUCGAGACAGGCCCGCUGUCGAGCUCUUCAAGAAAUCGCCAGUCCCGUUCAACUGGCAGGCUCACCAUAUCUUGAUUGAUCAGCUCAAGGAAGACGGUGCCGACUUGGAGCUGGCCCGUGAAGCUGUUUUCAGAGCCAAUGGCAACCAACCAUCUGCGACGGAGUACAGCCGCCUCCACAAGGCUGGCAAGGCAGGUCAACGGAACCCGGUGCCUCCUGAAGAUGCCUAUACCACUGAGCGUCCUGAACCGUCCGGUUCUUCAAGCCAAGCCGAAGGGUCUGCACCUGCAGCUUCCGCCGAUGCUGAUGCGAUGGCAGUCGAUGUGGCACCCGAGCUUGCCACACCCGAGUUGGACCGUCUGCUUGGAGAUGCCGUGCUUGGCGACCUAGGCGAUAGAGCGGCUGCUGAGUCGAGCGGCAACGGCAACGAAAGCCCCGCUGUGGUUGCCGAAGCUCAAGCCCGAGCCAACACAUCUGCUCCAGCGGUCACCACCGAAGACCAGGCCCAAACCGAAACCCAUCCGACAAGCAAAGAGAGUCUUGACAAUGAGCGGUCAAAGCUACGGGAGAACCUCAUUGACCGAUCCCUCGACAUUGUCCGGGCGCACCCGCACUCAGCCAUUGAACUUUCUGAGCUCAUCAGCGCCAUGGUGUUCCGCCAGCAAAAUGACGAAGCUCGCGACGAAGUCGGCGCGACUCUUGCCAAUGCGCUGACAUCUUUGUCCUUCGAUGACAGUGACUCGAAAUCCAACGGCACUAGCAUUGCUGCGUACGCCCACCUCCUGGCUCUUCUGAUGCAAGACAAGAGUUUCUUCAAAUGCAACAUUGAUACUUUGAGAGAAAAGGUGGACGAGUACAUUUCGUUUCUCAACUUGAAGGUCCUUCCGACAUCGAACGAAGAGUUGCCUCCUUGGAUCCCUUACAUCCUUUUGAUUGUCGAGCUGCUCUUGUCGUACGAUGAGCAGCCACUGGAAGCCCAGUGGAAGCCUCCUGCCACCGAUAGUGAGGCGGUUGUGCCGCCGGUGCUUCCUCAGCGCAACCUGAUCGUGUCAGACGACCAGCGAAACGAGCUCCUAGAGGCGAUUCUUCGUCUGCUUCCUGUGCUUGGCAAAGAAGAGACUCUCGCAACCUCAGUCCUUCGAGUAAUUCUCAUCCUAACGCGGAAGCCAUCCGUUGCACAGAAGGUUGGAGAAAAGAAGAACCUUCAACGUCUGUUCGUUAUGGCCAAGCAGCUCGCCGGUGCAGGUGCAGCACGCCUGAAGGAAAGCAAGACGACGGGCAGCAUCAUGGCCAUUCUGAGACAUAUCGUUGAGGACGAGGAGACUCUCAAACAAAUCAUGCGCGCUGAGAUUCGCAACUUGUUUGAAAAUCCUCAGCGUACCCAAAGGAAUCUGGAUCUCAGCACAUACCUGCGCAACAUGGCCCCUCUUGCCCUACGCUCUCCGGAUCUGUUCGUCGAGGUCACCAACGAAAUGACCAAGCUGUCUCGCUGGACUCCAGGGAGUGAGGGUAGCAGCCGUGCUAACCAACUGGCACUGAAGGAGCCCGAGUCCGAUGGCAAAACCAACUCCGCAGACAAGGACGCAAGUGUCGAACCGGCUGUACAAGCAACAGAGGACCUAUCAAUUCACGACGUCAAGCAAUCGACAGAGACGGAUGACAAGGAGAUGGCAGAUGCGCCGAAGCCAGUUACCGAACUGAAACGACCAGUGGUCGAAAACCCUCACGGCAUCAUUCACUUCCUCCUUUGCGAACUCCUCAACUAUCGUGAAGUUGACGACAAGGAGCCCUCGCAGGCAGCGAAGGAGCCCAAGAGUGCUGCGUCACCUGCUACUACUGCCGCAGAAGCUGGGUCGAAAGACGGGGCAGCAGAGGCCCAAGAUGCUGCCGACAGCAAGGACAAGGACAAGAAGUCGUCGAAACCGGUCUUCAAGGCCGAGGACCACCCCAUCUUCAUUUACCGUUGCUUCCUGCUCAACUGCCUCGCCGAGCUCCUCCAAAGCUACAACCAGACGAAGGUUGAGUUCAUCAACUUCAAGCGGAGCGCACCGAUGCAAACGAAUACGCCCGUCAAGCCUCGGUCGAACGUCUUGAACUACCUCAUCCAUGAUCUGCUCUGCCAAGGCAAUCUAAGCGACAACGGAGACAGCAUUUUGUCUAAGAAGAAGGCAGCAACCUCUGCCCAGGCUCAGCAGGUCCUUGUUGCACUCGUGGCCAAGACUGGGGAAAGAGUCAUCGACAAGAGCCGAGAUAGGUUCGAAUACGAUGACGAGCCCGAUUUGCUUUUUGUUCGCAAAUUCGUCUUGGAUACUAUUCUCAAGGCCUACGAGCGCGCGGCAACACCAGAAGAGCCUGUCGACACCCGCUAUCCAAAGAUGCAAUGUCUGGCCGAGUUGAUGAACCACAUCAUUGGCGAAAAGGACAAGGAGUCAACAUCUCAACGCACACUCGACUCUGCGCAAGGCCGGUCGCAGGCACAGCUGCGUAGGAUGAUGUACGAGAAGGGUUACCUCGACAAGCUGACUUCGUCGAUUGCUGAAGUUGACUUGAGCCACGCCGGUGUCAAGCGUGCCAUCAAGUACGUCCUCAGGGUUCUUCGUGUCUUGACAGAUACUGCCAAGGAACUGAGCCGCUCGCAUGUUAUUCCCUUGACAUCCCUUCCCGAGAACGCAGAAGACGACAUCAUCUCGACGUCAUCCAUGUCAGACAUGGAUGACGACCGAGAAGAAACACCAGAUCUAUAUCGCAACUCGACUCUUGGAAUGCUCGAACCUCGUGGGAGUGAUGACGAGUCUGAUGAUGAAGACGGUACGUUCGCUAACCCAUUUUACAAACGUAAGAUUGUUGCCUAA